AUGGAUUUUGCAACUCGAGGAGAGAACACUCUAGACUUAGUUUAUACAAAUAUAAAAGACGAAUUCAGAGCAGCCCCAUGCCCCCACCUCGGCUCUUCAGAUCACCUCUCUGUAAUGCUAAUUCCUGCAUACAGGCCCCUGCUGAUCAGAGCUAAACCUACAGUGAGGCAGAUUCUGGGCUGGGACCAUCAAUGCCUGGCCCCAGAGUUACACAUGCAAGAGACCAUUCUGGGCUGUAUGGCCGAAUGGCACAAGAGAAGUGGCAUCACACAGGCCACUGGAGGACGCUUUAACCUCGCUAAGUCCACUCUGCUGUGCUGCGGGACAGCGGCCUCUCCGUCGCAGCUCCCCACAGUUCAGACUAUUGAUGGACCAUUUAGAUUCCUGGGAGUCUAUCUGGGGGAGGACGAAAAUCAUCCGGAGGAGAGGUCGUGGGGCACAGUCACAGAAAAAGUGAAAACAACUUUCAACCUUUGGAGGAUGAGAGGCCUGGGGCAUAGAGGAAGAGCGGUUGUAGCCAACUCCCUAGCACUGACACUGGUGUACCACACCCUGCACAUCCAUGUCUUGCCCCGGAGCGGAGGUGUGGGCCUGUCCCCCAUGGCGCUGUUAAAGGCCACGAAGGAGGUGUGUGGGACCGUCCUGGCGUGCCGCAUGAUUACAAAGGACAAGUUUGAGAUGACGGUGUUGUCCCAGGCUGCCAAGGACAGGCUGCUGGGAGGGGACGGUCAUGGCCCUGUGGCUGAAACCGCCCCCUCCCUCACCGCCUCAAGCCUGCUCGACAGUGCAGAAAUCCCAAGUGCACAGGUGCCUGUGAGGGAGGGGGCCGAGGAGAUUGUUCCUUGUGUCCCAACCACACAGGGGACAGGGACUGGGCAGAGUCUCACCUCCAAGGUUAUGGUGGCGGGGGCUGAACCGGGGAGGGGGAUGAGUGUGGUAAUUGCUCCACACUCUGCCCCUGAAGCGGAGGGGAUGGCUCCGCCUCAGGGCCAGAUCCCUAAGCAAGGUAGCGCCAGCGAAGCCAACAGGGGCAGAGAACCGGUGCGUGGUGCUGCAAAUCGGGAAAAGCCCAGAUCUCAGUCCCUGAGGGACAGAUCGGCUCAGGAUAAGCGGGCGGCAGAGCCCGUGCCUACGGAGCAGGCGGGCGCCUUUGCUGAACGGUCACAGGCCUCGCUCAUUCCGGGCCCACGGCGACCGGUCUCUGCAGGCUCCUGUAAGCCUGCCACCAUAAGAGCAGAUGGCACAGAGCACUUAAUGGACUUUAGCACUGAUCAGGACAUGGGGCAUAUGGGUGAAGGCGUCUCCCUCAACGCAUGUGGUUUGAGGAGCGGGGUCCGGAUGCACAGUGGGAUCCUCAACACCACCUGGGACGUGCUGUGCAUCCAGGAGACGGGGUGGGAGGCUGAGCAAGUGCGCAGAGUGGAGGCGAUGCGGGUCAUGAACUGCACUGCGCCCUGGGCUCAAGCCGGGCGCUCUGGGUACUUCGUUCCUCGUCAACGCUGA